AUGAAUGAUUCAGUUACACAGAAUUGUUUCGUAUCAUAUUUAGGUACUACUGGGUCAUUUAACAGUGAUGGAACUACUACUAUAUCACCUAUUAUUGAUAAAAAAAGAAUUGAAUCUCGAAUAACGGAAUAUAGAGAAGCAUGCUAUAAUGUUUUGGCCGGUGUCUUUAGUGCACUUCAAAGGUCUUCGCUUUCUAAACGGAUUUCUCCGUAUGAUGUAGAAAAAGAACGCUUGAUGCUUGAAAAUCUGUACUAUUUGAAGUGGGCUAAUACACUUCUAUCGAAAAGUUCGGAAGACGAAGUUGUUAAAAAAUAUUACGAAUAUGAAUAUGCCAAGGCGUCUGAUUAUGAAAAAAUGCACAAUUCCAAAAUUUAUGUAUAUGAAGUGUUCAAAAACUCUAUUGUCGAAAAAUGGGAAGCUAGAAAACGUCUUGAUGAAGACGAGGAAGCCUAUUUUCAAAGUUUAGAAACAGGAUUACAUAAUGAUACUGAAUAUGACGAGUUAGAAAAGAACAUAACUAAAAUUGAAAGUGAAAUUCCUUGUUUAUAUGAGAAACUAAAAUCACUUUCUGAAUCGUUAGCUGAAAUUACAAACGAAUACAUUAGAAAUUCAGCUGAUCCUUUGAGAAGCAAUGAACUACAUCAGAAGUUCCGCAAUUCUUCUAUGGUUUAUGCUGAAAUUACAUAUGCAACUGCUGAAAAAAUUCGUGAGAUUGAGACUCUAAGGUUUCGUUCGCUCAAGUUUUUGCCAUCACAUAAAAGAACUCAAACCGUUUUGGAUGCGAUGAAGAGAUUUGCUAUUUUAUAA